GCGGUUGGGGCUGCUGCGCGCGCGCCGGUGAGCCGCCGGCCAACGGUCGUUCCCCGCCCUCAGUUCUUCAGAGCGCUGAAAAAUGUCAGGGUUUCUUGAGAGCUUGAGGUGCUCAGAGUGUGUUGACUGGGGAGAGAAACGAAACACGAUCGCUUCUGUUGCUGCAGGAGUGCUGUUUUUUACGGGUUGGUGGAUAAUCAUAGAUGCAGCUGUAAAAUACCCUAAAGUGGAAGACUUCAACCAUUCAUACCAUGCUUGUGGGGUUAUAGCCACUAUUGCAUUCCUCAUGAUCAAUGCGGUGUCUAAUGGACAAGUGCGGGGAGACAGUUACAGUGAAGGCUGUCUAGGACAAACAGGUGCUCGGAUCUGGCUGUUCAUUGGUUUUAUGAUGGCUUUUGGAUCUCUGAUUGCUUCCAUGUGGAUCCUUUUUGGAGGCUACGUUGUUAAAGAAAAACCAGUAGUAUACCCAGGAAUAGCUGUGUUUUUCCAGAAUGCGUUCAUCUUUUUUGGAGGACUGGUCUUCAAAUUUGGUCGCACGGAAGAUUUGUGGCAAUGAACACGCCUGUGGAAGUGCAUUGGCCAUGCUGGUUUUUUAACUGCACAAUCCUAAAAUUUUGUAAAAUCAUUUUGUAAACAGUGAUCUUCAAUUGUGUCUAAAGAUAAAACAAGGAAAACUUAAAUCAUAGCACUAAAAAUGCUGGUUCUGUUCUGUUUAAUUUUUUUACUCUUGUAUGUUGAUUUAAAUGUUGUCAUGGUUUUGACAAAUGUAAAAUUGCUACAAGUAACAACAGCAGUCACUUUUAUGAUACCAUGUUUGCUGCAAGUAAAUAGUAUAGUGGAAAAUGGAUGUAUUUAACCAGCUGUUUCUAUGACGUUAUUUACAAUCCAAGACUUACUAAAAAUGCUUUAAAACAACUUUUUAACAUGUAUUUAUUAAAUAUUUCCUAUAUCUGGACAAUAUAACCAUUUCUUCAAUUUCAAAA